UAAAUUGGAAAAACUUUACUGGUGAUCUCCGUGGAAUUCCUGUAAAAAUGACGCAAGGGAAGCCUGAAAAUGACACAGUUUUCUCUGCACGGGAAGUAAUGGACACUGUCAGUGAAAUGUCACAACUUUUGGAGACGGGUUUAGACUCGGAGACUCUUGCCAUUACGACUAAGCUAUGUGAGCUUGGAGUAAACCCAGAGGCCUUAGCAUCUGUAAUACAAGAACUCCGCAGAGAAAUGGCUUCAUAUAAUGCUGGAGGAGGAGACCAAGCAUCGUGACAUUUGGAAGGACUUACUGACUACAGACUGAGAGUGUAAAUAGUUUCCGUUCUUCAAUGGAUUCAUGACCGACAAAGCAAGAUACUUUUGUAUAGACUAAACCCCUAAUGACAUCACAAGCCCAAACAUCGCCCUCACUGAGGUCAAUGAAAGACCUAUGAUUUGCUGAGAGUUGUGCGCGACAGGUACACGCAUCUUUUGUAAUGGCAGCCAUUGCUAUUGAAGGAAAGUCAACUGCAAAGAGACUUUACACGGGGCGGUAAACAUUUGUUUAAGACUAUGGCCACUGGCUGCAGCAACCCGAUGAAGACUAGGAAUUUUUGCCGUCCUGAAACUCUUUUCAGAAUUGUUAAAUGGGCAAAUAGAGCAACCAGUGACAUAUCAGUGACAAAUACUUGCUAAGCAAUGGUAAAUAUUGCUUAGCAGAUCAGGCUACCAGCCAACAUUCUUUAAAGUUUGCAUUGAUGCCACUGGUGUGGCACUCAUUUUUGAUUAGCAAAGAAAUUUGCUCAGCAGCAUUUUCUGCUUAGUGAAAUUGGGCCUGAGUAAUCUUGUAACCUUUCUGUGCGAGCUGCAGUACAUAAUAUUAUAGCGUCUGCCGACACCAGUAACUGCUCUGAUAAAAUUGUUCUAAACUGUUUCUUUAAUUGUCAAACCUUAACUAUGUGGUUAAGAAAAACACUUAAAGAAAUAUCGACUACUCGAUCAUCUCACUUCUUAAAAUGGUCUCAAAUCUCUAUUUGAGAUGGAAUGUAUGUCAGAAUGGAAUUACCAUGGCGAUGAUAUAAACCUGGAGGUUUAGAUAAGUUUGAUGAUAUUGGGCACUGAAUGGAUUUAUCUUCAAGUAUGUACAUACACUUUUGAUACUGCUGUGAAAUUGUAAAUAAAGAAAAGGGCCUGUUAAACUUA